AUGAAAUUGGAAGAAGCUGUAAAUGCAGCUCAGAUUCAGAGGAAUGAAUCAGUGACGUCAUCAAGUGCUGGUGAUGUAAACGAAAUUCCAAAAACGAAUGGAGGUCCAGGACAUCCAAUUGUUAGAAGAAAAAGUGGAAUGAUGGGGAAGAAGUUUCCAUCGCUACAAGUAUCCCAUUAUCCUGUCCUUCUUCUUUCAAAUUCCUCGGCUGACAAUUCAACAAAUCCCCACCCAAGUGUCACUUGGAAAACUAGCCAACAAACCGACACGGAGCCAACAAGACCCGAAAUACUCGAGGAAUCGCUACCAAAAGUGAGAAAAUCUAGCAGUGGACUGAAACAGUCAUCGGUGUCCGCCAGGAAUUCUCUUGAUUUCCGGGAACGUCCACGAUUUGUUCGAACAUCCACUACGACCUCAACAUUGUCUCCAACUUCCGAAAAACCGCCGAUGCCCUUGGGGCAGUCAUGCUCCUCGUCUGGUCGACUACACGCAUCUCCAAAGAUUUCCUUCAGUUCCGUCGUUCAACAGACAAUGAAAUGGAAUGAGCUUGGUGGCAUGGGAAGUGGUCGAUGUCUCAGCUCAGCAUCUCCCAUAUCAGCAGCCGAACGUCAACAAUUGUGGGGAUCUUCAAUGCAUCAUUCAUUUGACGAUCGCCCUUCAGCAUCCAGUGAAGAUUUAUUUGCCAGCUGCAAUGAUAUCGACAAUGCAUAUCGACAACAACGAAAAAGACGUGCCGGAAUAUCGGGUGCCGCCACAGGAGGAUCUCAUCAACGUGACGGUCCGUUCGCAUGUGCCGGGGGGAAUGGGUACAGUAGUGCAGGAUUCUCAAAUGGCCGUGGGUUUCCACCACUCGGGGGACGGUCACCUCAGUCAUCAUUUGACUCAAAUCAGGAUGUUGCACAGAUUUCAAUGAAUUGGAUGCGUAUGAAUGGUCUGGGUCCAUCUCUCCGACCGUUUCUGAACAGUGGAAAUCACACUCCAAAGAAAACAGUAAUCCACAAUUCACAGUCGACGAAUCAUAUCUCUCGUAUUGGAUCACUACGCCGAAUGCAUGCAGCCGACGCGAGUAUUGAUGGGAAACUGUCAUUAAGUGGAACUCAAGGAGAAACUGCAUCACGAAAAUCUGUAUCAAUCGCAUAUUCUAAUGAUUUGGAAGCUGGUGGAAAAGGGAAUGGAGCAAUUGGAGAUGAUUCAACAGUUCCAUUGAUGGACGAAAAAGAUGAUAACAGUGGUGGUCGUUUGAUUCGUCGAGAAAUUCUGCACGAAAAGCGUCGGCAUGUGUCGGAUAGAGCAUUGGCAUUUGCAAUAAUGGGAAUAAUUUUGAUGAUUAUUGAAAAUGAGCUUCGAACUGCAUAUGUUAUUCGACCAGGAUCAUCUCUCAGCCAUUUACUCAAAUUUUUCAUAAUUUUCACAACUACCGCCCUUCUCUCGUUUGUCGGAUAUUUUCAUGUAAUUGAAAUACAGUUAUUCAUGAAUGCAAAUGCGGCAGAUGAUUGGAUGGUUGCCUUAUCAUUUCGACGGACAUGUCAAAUCGGUUUAGAACUGUUAAUCUGCAUGCUAUGUCCUCUUCCAAUCGAGUUCAUAGCUCCAUUUAUGAAUGAUAGAUUCCAUGAUAAAACCUUAUACGCUGUGAAUGUCUUCUUAUCAAUCAUGAUGUUCUUCCGAUUGUAUUGGCUUUGCAGAGUUAUGCUUCUUCAUUCAAGAGUAUUCACUGAUGCGAGUAGUCGUAGUAUUGCUGGUCUUAACCGUGUCAAUUUCAAUGCUCGAUUCAUUUUGAAAACUUUAAUGACAAUCUGCCCUGGAACAAUGCUGAUGAUCUUUACUGCAUUUCUUUGGAUUAUUGCUGGAUGGAUUUUACGUCUCUGUGAGAGAGAAUACAUGACACCUGAUAAGUAUAAUGAUAUCAACUAUGUCAAUUCCAUUUGGCUUGUUGCUAUCACAUUCCUCUCUGUUGGAUAUGGUGACAUUGUCCCGAAAACGAAUUGUGGUCGAAGUAUGGCAAUUGUCACUGGUAUUCUUGGUACUUGUGCUUCUUCGAUGGUUGUCGCGGUUAUUGCGAGAAAGUUGGAAUUGACAAGGGCAGAGAAGCAUGUGCACAAUUUCAUGCAAGACACUCAACUUACUAAGCAGCUAAAACACUCGGCUGCUAACGUAUUGCGUGAAACCUGGUUUAUCUUCAAAUUCAGAAAAUUGGUGGAAAAACCAGAUUUUGGAAAGAUUCGAAAGCAUCAACGGAAGUUUCUUCUCGCUAUUUAUGAAAUGCGUCGAGUGAGAAGGGAUCAGAGAAAGCUAGCUGAAAACUUGGUUUCUCUUGGAGACGUGGCAAAGACGUCAUCAAAUACCUACGAGCUUGUGCAUGACGUCCAUUCAACACAAGAAGGAUUGUCCCUUCGAAUAACUGCAAUUGAGCAUCAAUUGAGUGAUAUUUCAAGGGAACUUUCUUCUCUAGCUGAGUUGCUCAGAGGAUCAAAUGAGCAACGAAAGAAAAGUGUCGUAAUUGGUGGUGAAUCGGCUCCACCAACACCUCAACAAAUUCUUAAACGAAAAAUUGGAGAGCUGCGUGUUUAA